CUCCUUCUCCAUUCACUCCUCUUUUGGAACAUCACAAGCACACAACAAAGCUUCUUUUGGAACUCCUCUUGAUCCUCUCUGUCUCUGUCUCAAUGAAGAACCAAAAGGAUCAAAACUCAUCAUCAUUGUCUUCUUCAUCACCAUCUCUAACAACAAAGCUUCUAAAUGCUCAAUACCAUCAUUUCCUCAAUCUCCUUUCGUAUUCCCUUAUCCUCUGUUGCGGCAUAAUCAUCGGUAUCCUUCUCCAUUCCUCUCUACAAGAAUUCUCUUCCACUUCUUCACUAAGCAUCCAACGCAUCUCUCAGCUCUUCCUCGUCACCUCUCUUCCUCCUCCUCCUCCUCCUCCUUCUCCUCCUUCUGAGCUAGAGCUUGAUGGGCUCGAACGCUUUAUCAAGCCACCAGAGAAGCUUAUGCACGACAUGGAAGACGAAGAGCUUCUAUGGAGAGCUUCUAUGGCACCUAAGAUCAAGAAUUACCCUUUUCCUCGAACACCAAAGGUUGCUUUCAUGUUCAUGACAAAGGGUCAUUUACCUCUAGCUCGUCUAUGGGAGAGAUUCUUUCGAGGGCAUGAAGAUCUUUUUACUAUCUACGUUCACUCAUAUCCUUCUUAUAACCAGUCCGAUCCCGAAGAUUCCGUCUUCCAUGGCCGCCACAUUCCAAGCAAGAGAGUGGAUUGGGGAUAUGUGAAUAUGGUGGAAGCAGAACAAAGAUUACUAGCAAAUGCUUUAUUAGACAUAUCAAACGAACGAUUUGUACUUCUCUCCGAAUCAUGCAUCCCUCUAUUCAACUUCACCACUGUUUACUCUUACCUCAUUAACUCAACUCAAACUCACGUUGAGUCCUAUGACCAACUUGGUGGCGUUGGACGUGGCCGAUAUAGCCCUCUAAUGCAGCCACAUGUCCAGCUACACCACUGGCGCAAAGGCUCCCAGUGGUUCGAGAUGGACCGUGCCAUGGCUCUUGAGAUCAUCUCUGAUAGAAUCUAUUGGCCUCUCUUUUAUAGUUACUGCCACCAUGGUUGCUACGCGGACGAGCACUACAUUCCUACACUACUCAACAUCAAAUCAAGCCUGAACCGUCGCAACUCGAACCGGACUCUCACGUGGGUCGACUGGUCGAAAGGUGGCCCGCACCCGAACCGGUUUAUUAGACACGAGGUGACUGCAGAGUUCAUGGAGAAUCUGAGGAGUGGUGGUGAGUGUCUCUACAAUGGAGAAGAGACGAAUACUUGUUAUUUAUUUGCUCGUAAGUUCUUGCCUACUGCUCUCGACCGGUUGCUCAGGCUUUCACCCGACGAAACAAGCUUCAACGACUACAUAUGUUAGAUAUUUUAUGUUUAUUUAGUUGACUAUCGUGUAACUCUACCACUAUGUAUACUAUAUAGAAGACGAAAAUGUUACAUACUAUGCGAUAACAUGCGCACAUGCUUGCCACAUAACUCUAUAAAGUCAUUUCUAUCGU